AGAGCAACAGUUCGCAUUCAAUGGGAAAAAGUAGUGGAUAGGAUCUUUCUACCUGAAGAUUUUCAUACAGUGGGCCAUCCGCAGGGAGUUCCAUUGAUAAAUAUAGGUGAGAUUUUGAUAAUACCACUAUAUUUUGAUGUUAUUGCCUUAAAUGUCACGAGAUCUCAAAGUCUCCACACUCUUAAAUUUUCCAUUAUAAAAAUCGCGUAAUUACCACAAUAUUAACUGAAAUUUUUUCUAAUCUAAAUUAACAUUCCAUAAUAUGUUUAUUUAAAUUUUUUAAAUAGUUUAUUAAUUAAUAGCAUUAAUUUUUAAUUUAUAUUUUUCAUCAAGAUUUUUCUAUAAUAUCCUCAGAAAAACCUCAAGAACUGAAAAUCUAUUGAGAAAUUUCCGAACUGAGAAAUUACCGUGGGACCUAUCCAACGAAUGAUUUAGAUCAUCGAGUAAUGAGUAGCUGCCCAAAGUACUGAACAAAUCUUCGGCCCGAGCCUUGUCCACGACCCAAGAGAAGAAGGAAGAAGAGAUUCUCAGGUAGAGAGGAGAAAGGGUUAUUCCAGGCAUUUUCAGCGAAAUUAAGGGCAUUUUGGUAAAUUAAAGGACUUUUUGAAUGACAAAACCGUUUCUUUUAAGAAGCCAAUCCAAGCUUUUAACUAACCGUUGCAGCCCCCUCCAUCGAUGCAUGCAACAAGAGAAAGAAGGCUCUGUCGGGCCAGAUGAGUUUGCUCUGGCCGAUGCUCUGAAGACAUCGGCAGCGCUCAGAUCUUUAAACCAUGGAAAUCAAAUUCAUGCCAUCAUUGUCAAGUCGGGAUUCUGCCGAUUCACGGUCUUGAUGACUGCUUUGAUGGACCUCAACCUCAAGUGCAGCAGCUUACCAGACGCUCGGAGACUGUUUGAUGAAAUGUCCGACAGAGAUGUGGUUUCAUGGACUUCGAUGAUUGUAGGCUACGUACAGCACCAACACUAUGAUGAAUCUCUGGGUUUGUUUAAGAGCAUGGUCGAAAGCGACACCAAUCCAAAUGGGUAUUCGUUUUCCGGGGCAUUGACUGCGUGUUCCCGUCUUCAAGCUUUAAGACAAGGCAAGCAGAUCCAUGCCCAAGUUGUAGUAUCAGGUCUCUUGGUCCUUGAAUCGAUCCUGCAGAAUAGUCUGCUUAGUAUGUAUGUAAAAUGCCAGAGCCUCUAUUGUGCACAGAUGUUGUUUGAUUUAAUGUCUGUCAAAGGUAUAAUCGCAUGGAACGAGAUGAUUUCAGGCUAUAUGCAAUGCGGGCAGGGAGAGGAAGCUUUGGGGCUUUUGGCCUUGAUGGUUUCCACAGGUAUAAAACCAGAUGACUUCUCAUAUGCUAUCUGUACCAAUGCUUGUGCUGCUUUGGCCUCACUGUCGCAAGGCUCUCAGAUCCAUGCAUGCAUUGUUAGGAAUGGGUUCCAGUCGGAUUUGGUAAUAGGGAAUGCUCUGGUUGACAUGUAUGCCAAGUGCGGUUGUGUGGAUUCCGCCAAGCUAGUCUUCAAUCUGAUGCCUUUCAAGGAUGCAGUUCUAUGGACUGCUGCAAUUUCAGCAUUUGGUAGAUGCGGCCACGUCGAGGAGGCUAUUGUGAUGUUUGAACAGAUGCGCAAGCUGAGGGUAAAGCCUGAUAAGAUUACCUAUCUGGCAAUGCUCUCUGCUUGCAGUCAUGGAGGGCUAGUUGACUCGGGCUGGCAUUAUUUCAGAUCAAUGACUGAAGGAGACUUGAUUCCUGCUGAACCAGAGCAUUACGCAUGCAUGGUUGAUAUUCUCUGCCGAAGAGGCUGCUUGGCUCAGGCUCUUGAAUUCAUCAAACAGAUGCCGCUGAAACCCAACAUUCGCAUAUGGAGUUCAUUCCUUAAUUCUAGUAAGAUGCUUGGUGAUGUUCGGCUAGCCGAAUUUGCCGCUGCCAAGCUUCUUGAAUUGGAUCCAGAAAAUCACAGCAACUACGUGAUCCUAUCAAAUAUGUAUGCUGCAGGGAAUGACUGGAAAGAAACACUGAAAAUCAGGGAGAAGAUGAAGAGCGCUCACACCAAAAAAGAGCCUGGGUGCAGUUGGGUUGAGGUGAAAAAUGGCAUUCAUGUCUUCCUUACAGCUGACCCAUCUCAUCCUGAGAUGGGUGAGAUUCUAUGGACUCUGAAUAGACUCAAUACAUGCUUGAAGGAUGAAGAGCAUUAUAAAUGAUGCUUGAGCCAAAAAAGAUAUACUAUGCAAUUCAGGUCAAUUUGCCCAAUUGGGCACUCGGCAAGGCGAUCCAGACGGUUGAUGAGAUGGGCCCCACCAUAAAUCUACAAUUUGAAUAUCUGGGAGAGAUAGGAGGAAGUGAUCAGUUAAAAAAAAGGCAAUGAAACAAUUAUGCCAGAGUUGUGGGUGAAAAAGACCAUUCCAGCUAACUACUUGCAAUUCCUGUUUCCUUUUCCAAUCUUUCAAAUCACUGGAGAAAAUAUGCCCCAAAAAAAGGCUUAAAUAAGCGGUCUUAAAAUACAAUUUAAUUUACACUAGAAUUACAAUUGCAACCCCAGAAUCUAUUAACAGCCCAUUUCCCAAUUCCCGUGCAGAACAAGACAGCUGUUCCGAAAUUUCCAGCAUCCCUUUCACUCAAGAUGCAGCAAAAACUGCUGACUGAACGGUUGAGGUGCACCAAUCUGUCAUCGAUGGGAAUCCCAGAUGUUCUCACAUCGCUAUGAGAUCAUAAUCAUGCAAACUGUAGAGGCUCUUGCAUAAUCAUGUGAACUGUCUGAUAGGGGCAGGUCUUGAAGUGCCUGAUGCGCAGACAAUAAAUUACAAGGAUCUACAGCUGCUCAUCAUACUUUCAUUGUCAAGUCAGGCGGCUUCCUGCAUGAUUUGGGAUGGGAGAAGGAACUCCAAUCUGUGAACUACAUUAUUCCACUCUCAUCUGAGCUAGAAGUAGAGGCAUGACUUGAGAAGGCAGCCAUUCUUCCUCCCUGGCUCUCACCCUCACCAAAGAUGCUCAGUGCCCUCACUUGAAUGAGAACACCCCAAAAUCAUCGUCUGUACCUGCUUCUUCCUUUUGCUUCCUCCCAACCUCCUUCAUGCCUCUGCCUUGUAGCAGCAUCUGCGAUUCCAGGCCUCCUGUUUGCCCUUGAGAAAGUCCUCCUGUUGCAACUUGACAUUCUUGCCUUCUACAUGCUUCUGGCUCUGUCUUUGGCAUUAUUCUCAGAUUCUACAGGGAGAUCAGCAUCAAGCUUCUGUCUCUUCCUACUUGAAUUGGUCUGAAACAUAUAUGUACUCAGUUCAGAUAUGCUCAACUUAAAAGCAUAUUUAAGAUUGAACAGCAACACUUCGCAACAGAAUUGGGUAAUUUUCUUUAUUUUCAUAUGCUGCGGUUAUUGAUAAUGACAAUCGGCUAGUAUCGGUUUUUAUGUAGAUGCAAUCACAGUAGCAUUUUCAGUCAUUUUUAUGAAUCCUUCUUUUGAUACUUGUUCCAGCGCCAAGGUACAAUGGGGAAACACAUCAAGACAUUUAGGGCCCGUUUGGCAACACUCCCAUAAGUUACUUUUCUUACUUAUGGCAGUAAAAAAGUGACCUUUAAAUUUUUUUUUAAAAAACCGUAAGUUUGGUUAGUGGUUUAAUCGUAAACUCCUUUUCAUCUUAAAAUGUCUUUUACAUUUUUAUUUUAUUUUUUUGGCUUUUCUACUUUCUUAAAAGCUACUGAACGGAGAAGAGGCGGACGGAAGAGACAACGAACAAGGUUGCGUUUGGAUGCACCAGUGACUUGAAUCGAGAACUGUCAGCUAAAGCUAGAUGAAAUGACCAAAUUGCAUUCCCUCCUUUUCCAACUUGGAAGUAAUGUAAUUGCCAUUCAAGCCCCAAUCAUUCAAUAUUAAUGCCAGGGGAAGGUAAUCACAAUGUGAUUGGAUAGUGCAUCCAAACACAUUCCUUGAGUAUUUUUCUUCUUUGGUUUUGGAUCAUUGGAUGUUAUUCGUCAUCUACUCUGUUUAUGAUUCUAACUGAAGUCGUCUGAUGGCUACUGAUCUUCAGAUGGUUAAGACAAACCAUCCCAGAAUCGUCCUACCAAUCUGUUUAUGCAUCGUAUAACUCUUACUAUGAUAAUGCUGGUGGUAAUGAUGAUUUAGGCCUCAAUGAACUCUGGCCAGGGUGAAGUUCCUUCAUUUUUAUUGAAAGAUGGAAUACUGUGAAUUUUGUUAUGAAAUCACAUUCACCAUGCUGGCCAUUAGACGUUGAUGGCCCCCUCACAAGAACUAACAAGACUUUGCAAACUGGCUACUAGCAAGUCUCUGUUUCUUUGAUAAAUCAGGUCAAUUGUUGAUUAAUGGUGAUUUGUGGCACCAAAGAGCAACCACAAACACAGUCUUGUCAAACUUGUGUUUCAGCUAAUCCCCGGCAAACCACUUGGUUUUAGUAGUAAACUUCCUACAACAAUUAAUGUUAGUUCGGUAGUGUGCUCGGUCAUGAAUUCAAGACUUGGAAAUGAAUCAAUUCAGCCAAACUUAGGUUAGGCUAAUUAGAAAGGAUCGGGCUCUCUUGCAAUGAUGCCUGCAAAAUGCUAUGUGGAGAUGCUGUUGGAGAAGUUUGAUUCAGCACCCUCAUGUCAGUAGGGAUGGCGAUGAGUUUGCCAACACUGUUGUCAAGGUAAGUGCAGGCGAAGUUCUUUAUUUCACAAGGACAAAAGAUAAAUCCACGAGCAUCUAAAUUCCGUAAGACUGGGUGUCCUGAGUAUGACAAGCUUUGUGUGAUAUUUGGAGAUAUUUGUGUGGAUCGUGACCUUGCUUGGCUUAUUGCUUGCUCACAGGCAAAAUGGUAGUUUGUCCUGGGCUUCCACUUCUUAGUACUCUCAGCCCCGAAUUGCUAUGACCAUUUGUCUUGUUUUUUCUUCAACUGAUGCUCUGUAUCUUCCUUGUUUCUGCUAUAAUUUUCUCAUGCUAAAUAUUGUUUCCUUCAUGAGAUUUUACGUUUCUUGCUUAGGCUAAGAAGAAUUUGAGGUUUCACUGGUUACUAUCCAAGUUUCUCUAUGCUUAUAUAUUGUGCAUCUUCCUCAAACAACAGUUAUUUCAACAAAUUUCAGAUGCUUUGCAUAAGCAGGACAUCCCCUGAUUAUAGGACUUUUUUUUUGGUUUGCUUCUAAUUUAUGGUUAUAGGUGCUGGUGCUGUGGAAUUUAUUUUAUGCCAUGGAGGUUUCAAUAAUUUUUUUGGAAGAAAAAAAGAUUGAGGAGCAAUUGUGAGCUUUGGAAAGGUUACAGCUGAACAAAGAGGAGACUAAAAGGUUUGGUCUGACAAUAUACUCUUGGGAUGACUUUCUGCUACUGCUUUGAUUAAGAAGCUAGUCAGGGCUGAUAAGCAUGCAGAGCUCUAGUCUCAGCAAUCCAACCAAAACAAUCAGCCCCAACAGGCCCAAUGCAUCAAAGAUGAUAAGAGCACCAAAGACUAGAACCGGGGCUUGAUCAGGGGCCUGAAAGCCUUUAAAAGCCAGCACAACUUCUCCAGCUUCAGCUCUACGGAGGACAACGACAUCUUUAGUUUUGAAUUUGCAUAUUGGUUUUUCCUUUUAAUCUGGUGACGGUUUUACUUUUUAAUCUGGCGUGGUUUGAGCUGGUCUGUAUGUCACCGAAAUCUUAAAAUCAAAUUUCAGCCAACUAUUUUAUUUUUUUUUCAGCCACUUAAUAUGCUAUUUUGGAUGUUUGUUUAACACACUUAAAAAAUAUUCUUAAUGGAAAUUAAUCACGGAAUUAA